AUGAAUUUCUUAAUUGUGACUAUAAUUUCGUUGGUGCCUUAUUCAUAUGCAGAACUAGACUUUGGACAUCGCUGUUUGCUGUUUAUGGGUAGUUGUGUUGAUCAUUGUCCACGGAUGAUGCACCCAUACAACACUCGGUGUGACGGUGAUACAGUAUCGCAACGGACUUGUAGUAACCCAGAAGUAAGGAUUUUAGGAUUUACUUGUGGCUGGUCGCGAUGCGACUGCAACGGAGACCUUUUACUAGAUGAAGAAAAUGGACUUUGUGUACCAUUUAAACAAUGUACCACACCGUUUAACCCCAGGUUCCGUCCCAGGCCAGGGUCCGACAGGCAUCAACCACCGACGAAUACCAGAAUAAAAAUACCCAGCCACGGAAUAGAAGACGACAGGACUACACUUUAG